AACUGUCGCUACAGGGCGAUGACUUCACGCGGCAGAUCUGGCAUAUGUACGCCACCUUCGAGGAGUUCAUAGACCACCAGCAGACCUCCGGCGAGGCCAGCCCCGCCUCGCGCCCCUCCUCGGGCGGCAACUCCGGCACCGAGGCCCCGCCGCCCCCCGCGCCCAACGGGGGCCUGGGUGCCGCCAGCCCCCGGGAUGUGGUGACCGGCCGGGGCUCCCUCACCACGCCCUCCCACGCCACCGGCGGCGCCGCCACCCGCGCCCACAUGGCCGAGGUGGCGCUGUCUCAGGGCGUGCUGCCCCACGCCGCACACUCCCGCUCGCCCCCCGCGGCGCGCGACGACCUGGCGCUGGCGUCGCCCCGACGUCGGCGGCGGCCCCGACGGCUCCGUCGGUCGGUCGACAACCCGCUGCUCGACACCAUCAGCGCCAUCGGCGACCCGGACUCCGACGAGGCGGACCUGCUGCCGCCGGCGCCGCCGCCGUCGGCGUCGUCGUGCUGGGGGCCUCGGCUGCACCCCGAGGCGGACGUGGUCGGGUACGCGGGGAGCAACAGCGUCGACAGCGGGUACAAGAGCGCGUGCCCGACCCCGGAGCUGCCGGACCCCGCCGCCUACGUCGAGCACCGCCUCGAGAAGCGCGGCUCCCUCGCCUCCCUCGCCUCCACGGGGUCCUCCUCCGGCAGCGGCAGCGCCUCCAAGCCGCGCAUCGCCAUGGGCACGCGGGUCAUGUCGCGCGUGCCCCGCUCCCCCAGCUCCGGGGGCAGCGCCCCCUCCCCCGGCCUCCCCCGCAGACCCGGCUCGGACGGCUCCUACUACGAGCUGGACCAGUUGGCGGGGCUACGGGGCGGGGGGCUGCUGGGGUCGCCGCCCCCCCACGCCACCCCCGCCGAGGUCAGGAACCCCGGGUUCUCCCGCUACUCCCCCAGGGGCUCCCCGGCCCCCCAGCGUAACUCCUCCCCCGGGGGCGCCACCCCCCGGGACACCCACGUGUCUCGCCGCGCCGCCUCGCCCGCCUCCCCCGAGCGGCGCCCCCGCAGCGCCUCCACGGGGUCCCGCUGCUCCCCCGGCACCAGGGGGCGCCGCCCCCCGGGGAGCCUGCGGGCCGGGUCUCCACUCCUGGCGUCCACGGGGUCCCUGCCCCGGGCGUCGUCCCCCGGGCGGCGGCCCCGGGCGCUGUCCCCCGCCACCAGGGAGGAGUCACGGCCGCCCACCUCGUGGUCCCGCCACUCCUCCCCCGGGGUGGCGCCGCCGCCCCCUCGCUCACUCCGCCGCCCACCGUCGCCCAUCGUGGGCGGCCACCACCACCACGACACGGACCUGGCGCUCCUGGAGCGGGAGAUCGACGCCCUGCUCUACGGGGACCCCCUGGCGCCGCCCCCGGCACCCGACUACUACGACCUCGACUCCGAGUUCGCUGCCGCCGCCUGCACCUGCCCCGCCGUCUUCACCAGACCCGCGCCCCCAGG